CCUGGACAAUGAAUCAUCUACGAGUUUCUUUCCAUGUAUCUGAUCCAACACUGAUGAAUGUUACAUCUGAGAGAAAGGAACUCGUUGCAUUGAAGACCGUCAAAUAUCAGGUAACUGUGCAGGAUAAGGGCGUUGCUUUUACCCAGCAUCCUCCUGGAGAGGGUCUCGUCCCAGUCUCUUUGAUAUUACAUACCUGGAAGUCUUCAUUUUCUUGUUGGGAGAAGUCUGGUGGUGGACACAACAACGUCAAGAGCCCGCAAGUGAUGACGGUCUAUCUAGGUUGCCCUGGUAACAGACAAGUCGUUUUUGACGCCCAAAUGUCUAUGACAGCUGGAGGACAAAACCAAUACUGUGACUCAGCCGAUAAUGUGCCGUGUUUUCUCUACGAAAGAGUGUUUUACCCAUUGUUUGAUAUUGUUGACUUGGCAACGGGUAACGAGACUGCAUUUCUUGGGCAGUACACGUUGAAAAUCGUUGGAGGUGGCCUGGAUCUAGACACYAUACGCGACUACACCACACAACAGCAGCAAUCAUACAACUUUAAGAGUGCAGGGAGUACUUCCUCUUUGAUCUGGGCAGCAAAAGAAAAAACCUUGGCUACAAUUCCAAUAUUCAAUAGAUCAACAAAUGGAAUACAGUGGCUGUGUGGUACKGAAAGCCCUUGCGCAAACGUCGAUCCUAAGUUCAUGGAUAACGCUCAGUUCUACUUCAAAGUCGAGUUUUCCAACAGGGGCGUCGCCGAAACGAACUGUGACUACACUUUGCGSUUUAUCAUGCGCGUACAUGGGCUCCCUCCAGGCUCGCUUUAUCCUUCGWCUAUCAUUGUUUUAUCCUGCCUAGGAAUCAUCAUCACCRUCGUCAUGACUCUAUUCAUCUUCAAGAGACAAGAACAAAAGCUUAUCAAACAAGUUAAAGUAUACAUUACUGGGCUGCUUAACAUGACAGGUAGCUCUUCUCAAAAUCCUGGACUGCCUGAUAUUGGAACCGAUAGACUUGAGAUGGGAAAGAUGGAACCACAACGAAGUGUGGAAGGUGGACCGUUCAGAAACCGCGGUAAUUGUGGCAUUGCCUGGGAAAAGAAGGACCAAAGUACUAAGGGAGAUAAGGGCUGAUACAUGCCUGGUACCUUGUGGUAUACAUACAUCAUUUUAUUUG